GUCAGGGGCCAGCCGUAGUUUCUGAUCCACCAUGUGGUUCUUGUUUCAACAACAGAUAUGCUUUCCACACACUGGAUAUAGAUGGCAUUACAAAUAUCUUAUCCCUCAGAAAUUUAUGUUUCAAGAGACUUUCAAAGAACAGUUCACUAUUUGACACAGAACAUUUUUGUUAUCUUCCAUUUGAAAUUUUAGAAGAUUUUAAAUGGUUUUUAAGCGUACAUGACCUAUUGAAGUACAGCUCUAUUUUUGAACAAGCAGGAAUUGAUACAAAUGAUGUAUGGGAGAGACAUUUCUUGAAGAGAUAUGGGCAGAUGGCCGUGAGAAAAAGAUACUUUGUAUGGAGGGAACACCAUGUGGCAGAUCCAAUAUGUGAUACUUACCAGGCCCAGUAUUUACAAAAUCACUGUAGUGAACUAUUAGUAUCCUUGUGGACUGUGGAAAAUGACUGCACAUGCCAAGAGAGUCUUUGCUUUUAUCUGAAAUUUGCACCAAGUUUGAUUUUCCGGUGGAAAAGAUCCGGUUCUUUCCCUUCCAUCGGAGUCAAGAAGCUGAUGUCAGACCUUGUUCAACAUUUAACUGUAUGGGGAGCACCAACAUUUACAUAUAAAGAAGUCAAUUUUUUGAGAUCAUGUAAACAACUAAAAAGUGUUUCUUUUAAGAAUUUUAAUUUAUUCAGCAAGUAUUAUUGCUGUGAGGAAGAUCUUGAUGACGAUGAUGAUAGUGAUGAUGAUAAUAAUAGUGAAAACCACUCUAAAAAACAUUGUUUAUCUUUAAAAAGUUCUGUUGAAAGUGUGAAGGCCAGCCUAGGAUCUGAUGAUAUACAAUUUCUUCUGAGUGACAGAUUCUUUGAUAGCAGUAUUAAAAGAUUGAAUAUAAUAUCAUAUGAAAAUAUAAUUUCAGUUUGUCAGCUGCAUGGUAAAGGUUGGUGUAACAAGGCUCUCAGAAAGUUGACUCAUUUAACAUUGACCGGGGAGAUAUUGUCAGAGUGUCUUGUAGAGGAACUUAUUGACAGUUUAUUUGUAGUUUACAGGUAAGUUUUUCACAUUUAACUUUU